GCUGGGCCACGCCAGGAUGUGGGUAAACACGCCUCUCCGUCUGAGGGUGGAUAUUUCUUCUGCUUAUAUAGCCCACGGCAGCUCCAACAGACAGCACGGAAGAAAAGCAGCAGUGCAGCUUGUCGACAACCAGAAUCUGACUUCUCUCCUCAACCAGACCUUCAGCACCAUGGCACACAAGGAGUUCCAGUUAGCAGGGAAGAAGCCCGGCCUGCAGAUAUGGCGGGUGGAGAAGAUGGAUCUGGUGCCCGUUCCAUCUAAGCUCUAUGGAGACUUCUACACCGGGGAUGCGUACAUCAUCCUCUACACCACAUCUGCUCCUUCUUACAACGUGCAUUCAUGGAUUGGUGAUGAAGCCACCAAAGAUGAGAGCGGGGCUGCUGCCAUUUUCAUCACUCAGCUGGACAGUCACCUUGGUGGGGCUCCAGUGCAAUUCAACGAGUUCCAAAACCAAGAGUCACUCACCUUUCAGGGUUACUUCAAGUCUGGCAUCAAGUACAAGCAAGGUGGAGUAGCCUCAGGCUUCAAGCAUGUUGUGAUCAACGACAUGAAUGUGAAGCGCCUGCUGCAUGUCAAAGGCCGCCGUACAGUCAGAGCCACUGAGGUGUCUUUGUCCUGGGCCAGCUUUAACAGAGGAGACUGCUUCAUCAUUGACCUAGGAAAGGACAUCUACCACUGGUCUGGCAGUGAAAGCAAUCGCUAUGAGCGGCUCAAAACCACUCAGAUGGCCAACGACAUCCGUGACAAUGAGAGAAAUGGCCGUGCUGAGGUGCACAUGACUGAAGAGGGUUCUGAACCCGAGGCUGUUAUCAAAGAACUUGGACCAAAGCCGGAGCUCCCUUCAGGAGAAUCUGAUGUGUCUGAUGAAAAGACCAAGAUGAAUAAGGCGUCUCUUUAUCUGGUUUCUGAUGCUGCUGGUCGCAUGUCAACAACUUUGGUGGCCAGUUCAAACCCAUUCAAACAAGACAUGCUCUCCCCCAGUGAAUGCUACAUCUUGGACAAUGGAGAAGAUAACAACAUAUUUGUUUGGAAAGGUUCGAAGGCAAACCCAAAUGAGCGUAAAGAGGCGCUAUCUGUUGCUCAACAGUUUAUCAAAGAAAAGAAAUACUCCCCAAGAACAAGGGUCCAGAUCAUUCCCGCAGGGAGUGAGACCACUCUUUUCAAGCAGUUCUUUUCCAAAUGGCUAGAAGGACAGACCACAGGCCAGACUUACACUGUGGGUCGUAUCGCUAAAGUGGAGAAGAUUCCCUUCGAUGCCUCAAAACUCCAUGGCAACAACCUGAUGGCUGCCCAGCACGGCAUGGUGGAUGAUGGCUCUGGGAAGGUCCAGAUCUGGCGUGUGGAAGGAGGUGACAAAGCCCCUGUGAACCCAUCCAGCUAUGGACACUUCUAUGGAGGAGACUGUUACCUGGUGCAGUAUUCCUACAAUGAUGGAAGCAGACAGAAGCAUAUCAUCUAUACUUGGCAAGGCCAGAAGUGCAGUCAGGAUGAACUGGCUGCUUCAGCUUUUCUCACAGUCAGACUGGAUGAUUCAAUGGGAGGAGUGGCCACCCAGGUCCGGGUGACUCAGGGCCGAGAACCUCCUCAUCUUGUGAGCUUGUUUAGGGACAAGCCUUUGGUCAUCCACCUGGGUGGGACGUCCCGUAAGGGUGGAGAGAGCAAACCUGCCAACACGCGGCUCUUCCAUAUCCGCCAGAGCUCCACCAAAGCAUUGCGGGCUGUUGAGGUGGAAGCCACGGCCUCCAGUCUGAACACUAACGAUGUCUUUGUGCUGAAAACGCCUAACUCCCUGUUCGUGUGGAAAGGAAAAGGAGCUAGUCCAGAUGAGAUGACUGCAGCUAAGUACGUUGCCAGCCUGCUGGGUGGAACUCCAACAGAGGUGGAGGAAUCCAAGGAGCCAGCUGGUUUUUGGUCAGCGCUGGGGGGAAAGAAAGACUACCAGACCUCCAAGACCCUCCAGAAAACAGUCACACCUCCAAGGCUGUUUGGGUGUUCCAAUAAGACUGGCCGACUCAUAGCAGAAGAGGUGCCUGGUGACUUCUCACAGAUUGAUCUGGCAACUGACGACGUCAUGAUUCUGGACACGUGGGAUCAGGUCUUUGUUUGGAUUGGAAAUGAAGCAAACGAAACCGAGAAGACUGGAGCACCUAAAAUCGCCCAGGACUAUGUGAAUUCAGACCCCUCUGGCCGUCGUGACAUCGCAAUCACCACCAUCAAGCAGGGGCAGGAGCCACCCUCCUUCACUGGCUGGUUCCAUGCUUGGGACCCCAAGAUGUGGGAUGUAGAUCCCUUGGCAGCCUUUAGCAAAAGGUUUUAAGGGGCAAAACACAUACUUUAAGGCUAUGCACCCUAAGUCUGAAGUAUGUUCAGCAAAACUUUCUUCCACUAUCUUUGCUGUUUUUCACACCAGUAAACUGGUUAUUUUUUGCAACCCACUAAGAAAAUAACAUGAUGUGGUCUUGUUUUGUAAGUUUUCAAAUUUUGUGACUUCUAAAACUGUUUAAUCCACAUAUCGUUAAGUGGGAUUUAAGAAAACAUCCUAAUAUAAGUACAGCUUCAAAUUUUACGUUGCAUUUUGCGUAUUUUGGUCCAGAUUGCAGAGAAAAAUGUUGACCCUAAAUUUGUAAAAUAAAUAAAUAAAUAAAUGUAUUUCUAACCCCA